AUGGACAGCCCAGCCGAUGGCAACGCCAGAGAGAUGUCGCCUCCCUCGAAGCGGGCCCGCUUGGGGCCUGAGGAGCCAGAGCGUCCAGGGCGCUUAGCCGAGCUCGACCUCAGGUCUGCCGACUUGGAGGGCAGGGACGAUGCGGAGGAGGACGAUGCUGACGAGGAGAGCGCCAGUCGCGACAUCGACUCCCGGCCGAACUCCUUCGACUCUUCCGUGGCGGGUCCGGAGCGUCCUCCAAAUGGCAGGGCAGAGGUCACCGAGAACCUCUUCCGCAAGGAGAACCUACCUCCUCCGAUGGACCACGAGAUAGAGUUCCUCAUCAAGGACCCGAAGUCAUUCUCGGUGGGCCAGAGUGUCACCUCCGAGAUGAAGACGCUGCACGGCUGCUUCACCUUCCGGUUGUUGGUUUUUCCCAUGGGCACGGAGACCACCACUCCGCCGAACCAGGUCGCCGCCUUCGUCGAGGCACAGGCGCCGCCCGACUGUGAAGACGUGCGCUGGGCCUUUGAAGGUGUCAAAUACCAGAUCGCAGUGGUGAAUUGGAAGGAUUACCGGAAGUCGACCACGCAAGUUGACGUGUGGAACUUCACUAGAGACCAUGCGGAUAGAGGAUGGCACAAGACCUUCCUCAAGGCAAAGGACAUGAGUUCCGAGACCGGAUGGCUGAGCGAGAACAGUGAGCUCUGCCUGCGAGCGUGUUGCUCCUCCCGGCGGGCCAUGGUCCAAACACCUGGCAGGAGACUGGCGAACUACGUUGGGCUCAAGAACCAUGGGGCCACCUGCUACAUGAAUUGCUUACUUCAGACUCUAUUUUGUCUGGGCCAUUUUCGGCACAUCGCCUACUCGAUCGAGGUCCCAGAAACUGAUCAACAGGCUGUCGUCUCUAGCGACGACAUCUCGGACACUCUGGGCUUUGAUGACGACCGGCCGGCCUUGCCGCUGCUGGUCAGCCUCCAGAAUCUUUUCUACCGGCUGCAGACCAGCGACCACGCCGGGCCACAGGGCGCUGUUUCUUGCAGAGAGCUGAUGCGCUCUUUUGGCUGGGACACGGCGGAUGCCUUCAUGCAGCACGACGCACAGGAGCUUAACCGACUCCUUUGCGACCGACUCGAGGAGCAGAUGAAAGGCACACCGACCGACGGUGAGAUAAAACGGAAUGUGUUGGGCCUUUUGGGUGAUAUGAGCCUUCUGAUGAGGAAGCGGUUCAUGUUCGAUCCGGAAAAGAUGGACAUGGGCAAGCUCAAUGGCAAGAUGGAGUUCCCCCAGGUUUUAGACCUCGAGGCCUUUGCUCCCGGCAGUGGCAAAUACAUGCUCCACACCGUCAUCGUCCACAGCGGCGGCGUCAGCAGCGGCCACUACUACGCCUUUGUGCGGGUCCGCGACGGCGACAAGUCGCAGUGGGUCAAGUUUGAUGAUGAUGAUUUGCUGGACGGUCCAGCGGAUGUCCAGCUCGUCCUCCUACCCUUCUGCAGUUCGGAUCUGGCUGAGACCUCGAGGUUGGUCCUUGCAGCCUCGGCUGGGCAGCUUUCGGACCUCGAGGAGAUCCUCCAACGGCCCAUGGAUCCCAACGGGAUCUCAGCGAAGGGGAGUACGGCGCUCAUCACGGCCUCGAUGGAACAGACGGAUGUGACGGUUGUGAGCUUGCUGCUUGAAGCUGGCGCAGAGCCGAACAUGGCGGAUGAGGUGGGUCUCACUGCGCUUCUUGCGGCAUCCACGCAGGGGAACCUGGAAGUGGUACGAUUGCUCCUCAAGGAUGGGGCCAAGAAGGAUCUGGCAGACAAUGACGGCAUGACUGCUUUUCUCUCAGCUUCUCGCCGGGGCCACGUGGACAUCGUGCGCCUGCUGAUCGACGCAGGGGCUGACAUGAAUGUAGCGGACAGGAAUGGCUGGACUGCUCUUCUCUGGGCGUCCUUCAACGGCCUUGCGGCCAUAAUUCGCGUUCUGCUGGAUGCCGGCGCUCGAGUAGAUGUAGCCGGCAACAACAGAGACACAGCCUUACUGUGGGCUUCUUCCUGUGGUCAGCUGGAAGUUGCGCGGAUGCUUGUCGAGGCUGGUAUUGACAAGGAUGCUUCCGACUUGGAUGGUGAUACUGCUCUGCUCAUCGCAGCGCGGAAUGGUCACGCGGAGGUCGUUCGCUUCCUGCUUGAGGCAGACAAACUUUUUUCCUAA